CUCCUCCUCCUCUUCCUACCUGAUUCAGAUCCGCUCCGACGCUAUGCGUAUGACCGCGUCUCUUCUCUCUGCAAGCCGAGGAGGAGAAGAAGAAGAAGAAGCGAAACGACCGGAGAUCCGCACGCUGACCGCCGGCCGCCCGCGAGCACUCACGCCGGCAGACGAGCCACCCAGGCCGGGCAACAGGAGCGGGAGCCGCCGCUGAACCCCCCGCGCGGAGGCGGAGGAGGAGAGUCGGGAAUCGAGAAUCGAGAGAGAGAUCAGCGAGACGAGCGAAGCCCGCCGCCCUGUUCGUCACGAUCACCCUCAUCCUCAUCAUCACCGUCAUCGUCCUCUCUGCUUCUACCAAAACCCGCCAACCCUCAGCUCCACCUUUGAAUCCGGCACCUCUUCUUCUCCUCUCUGCUCCUCGUCCAUCCUCUCUUCUCCCCUCCUCUGCUCUCGUCCCUUGCCCGGAGGUGAAACCGUCAUGGCGUCCAAGCUGAACCCCAACGUGCUGUACGUGGCGGAGCCCGGCGAGCCGCUGGCGUCCGGCCAGACGGACCCGGAGAGGACUCACAUCGCUGGAGAGGCUGGAGAAGAGUCGUCGGACAGCGACGGGGAACAGGAAGAGACGUCGCACAAGCUGAUCCGCAAAGUGUCCACCUCGGGACAGAUCAGGGCCAAGAAAAGUGUGAAGGAGGGAAUCCUGUUGAAGCAGACGAGCUCGUUUCAGCGGUGGAAGAGGAGGUACUUCAAACUGAGAGGGAGGACGCUCUACUAUGCCAAAGACUCCAAGUCUCUGAUCUUCGAUGAGGUGGACCUUUCAGACGCCAGCGUGGCCGAGACCAGCACCAAGAACAUCAACAACAGCUUCACGGUCAUCACUCCAUUCCGGAAGCUGAUGCUGUGCGCGGAGAGCAGGAAGGAAAUGGAGGACUGGAUCAGCGCUCUCAAGUCCGUCCAAAAAUGGGAAACCUACGAGGCCAGCCAGUUCAACAUGGAGCACUUCUCUGGGAUGCACAACUGGUACGCCUGUUCGCACGCCAGGCCGACUUUCUGCAACGUCUGCAGGGAGGCUCUGCCGGGAGUCACCUCCCACGGCUUGUCCUGCGAAGUGUGUAAGUUCAAGGCUCAUAAGCGCUGUGCCGUUCGCUCCACCAACAACUGCAAAUGGACCACGCUGGCCUCCAUAGGGAAUGACAUCAUGGAAGACGAGGAGGGGGUGUCCAUGCCCCACCAGUGGCUGGAGGGAAACCUGCCGGUCAGCGCCAAGUGUGUGGUGUGCGACAAGAACUGUGGCAGCGUGCGGCGGCUGCAGGACUGGCGCUGCCUGUGGUGCAAGGCCAUCGUCCACAACAGCUGCAAAGAACAAAUGGGGAAGGUGUGUCCGCUGGGUCAGUGUCGCGUGUCAAUCAUUCCUCCCACCGCCCUCAACAGCAUCGACUCUGAUGGCUUCUGGAAGGCCACCUCGGCCUCGUGCUCCAGCCCGCUCCUGGUCCUGGUCAACUCCAAGAGCGGAGACAACCAAGGCGUCAAGUUCCUGCGCAAGUUCAAGCAGCUGCUCAACCCGGCGCAAGUCUUCGACCUGAUGAACGGGGGACCCGAGCUCGGUUUGCGUCUCUUCCAGAAGUUUGUGACAUUUCGUAUCCUGGUGUGCGGAGGCGACGGCAGCGUGGGCUGGGUCCUCUCUGAGCUGGACAAACUCAACCUCCACAAGCAGUGCCAGCUGGGCGUGCUGCCUCUCGGGACGGGGAACGACCUGGCCCGGGUCCUCGGCUGGGGCGGCCUCUGCGACGACGACGCUCAGCUGCUGCAGAUCCUGGAGAAGCUGGAGAGAGCCACCACCAAGAUGCUCGACCGAUGGAGCGUGAUGACGUACGAGGUGCCGACCACCAACAAACACACACCCACAGUGAAGGAGGACGACAGCCUCGACUCCCCCCUGCAGGUCCAUAUCACUCAGUAUGCAGACUCCGUGGCCUCCCACCUCACCAAGAUCCUGGACUCGGACAAACACAGUGAUGUCAUAUCCUCUGCCAAGUUCCUGUGUGGGACGGUGAACGAUUUUGUUGCGGAGGUGGGGAAGGCGUACGAGAGAGCCACCGAGAACAAGGAAGAGGCAGAUGCCAUGGCCAAGAAGUGUGCGCUGCUCAAUGAGAAGCUGGAUUCCCUGGUCAAGGCCUUGAGUGAAGAGGCGGAGGCCCAGGUGGUGCCAGCAGGCUCGGUGCCCGGCCAAGAGGGCGGCGGCUCCAGUCCCGGCGAGGAGGGCGGGGAGGCGGGCACGGAGGGCAAAACGUACCGGUCCAAGGAACAGCUGAUGCUCCGAGCCAACAGCCUGAAGAAAGCCCUGAGGCAGAUCAUCGAGCAGGCCGAGAAAGUGGUGGACGAACAGAACCGACACACUCAGGUCCACCGGAUGUCGUCGUCCUCCUCCAUCAAGAGAGAAAACAGCGAGGAGCUGAAGGAGGCAGAGCCGCGUCCAGGAAGCCUGAGUCCCACGUCCCCCAUCGUGCUGGAGAAACAGGAGAGCCUCAACACCGUCACCUUCAGCGAGGACUCUGUACAAUGUUCAGAGAAGUGUGUGAUGAACAACUACUUUGGCAUCGGCCUGGACGCCAAGAUCUCCCUGGAGUUCAACAACAAGAGGGAUGAGCACCCCAAGAAAUGCAGUAGUCGCACCAAGAACAUGAUGUGGUACGGAGUGCUGGGCACCAAGGAGCUGGUGCAGAAGACUUACAAGAACCUGGAGCAGAGAGUUCAGCUGGAGUGUGAUGGGGUUCCCAUGUCUCUGCCAAGUCUGCAGGGCUUGGCGGUCCUCAACAUCCCAAGCUACGCCGGCGGCAUCAACUUCUGGGGCGGCACCAAGGAGGACAACAACUUCGGCGCUCCAUCGUUCGAUGAUAAGAAGCUGGAGGUGGUGGCCGUGUUCGGCAGCAUGCAGAUGGCCAUGUCCAGAGUCAUCAACCUGCAGCACCACCGCAUCGCACAGUGUCGGCAGGUGAAGAUCACCAUCCUGGGCGAGGAGGGCGUUCCCGUGCAGGUGGACGGCGAGGCCUGGAUCCAGCCGCCGGGCAUCGUCAAGAUCGUCCACAAGAACCGAGCGCAGAUGCUGACCAGAGACCGGGCGUUCGAGAGCACCUUGAAGUCCUGGGAGGACAAGAGGAAGAUUGACAGCUACCGCACGGCGCGGCCCCGCCUCAACUCGCAGCAGUCCAUGGAGUACCUGACGGAGGAGGAGUGCGCUCAGGUGCAGCAGCUCGGCGUCGUGGCCGACACGCUCAUCACCAAGAUCCGUGAAGCCGCCAAGACCCACAAGCUGGUGGAGCAGGAGCUGGCCCACGCCGUCAACGCCACCGCCCUCGUGCUGGCCGAGGCCUUCCCCUCCAAGCCCUCCAGCCCCGAGUGUCUGAGCCGCAGCACGGCGGUGGAAAUCGUCAACAGCAGUAAAGUCCUGCAGGCUGAGACCAGGAUGCUGCUCGACGGGAAGCUGCUGCUGGACUCUCCGGAGGAAGAGGAGCUCCAGUCGACUCUCAACAGCCUGAGCGCCGAGCUGCACAAGCUGGACGACAUCCACUGGAUCUGUCCUCUCAUGCAGUGCUCCGAGGAGGACUCGGUGAGGGCGAGCGGCAAGAGCAGCGGCAGCAGCAUGAAGCUGAAGAUCAUGCCCAAGGUGAAGAAGGAGCGCGAGAAGCUCCACAAGCAGAGGUCCAACAGCUCCCUGUCAGGAGCUUGGGAUAUCAAAGGCGGGGCGGGUGAGGCGGAUUCCUCGGGCAACUAAAGACCCGCGACGAGGCGCUUUGACAACACCCCCUGUUGCCACGACAACCUGGGGUGGGGAGCACCCCUCCUGUUCUUCUAUCCUCUAAACGGGGCGUGCGGCGGCUCGACGGAAGUGCGAGGAAGAAAAGGAAAACAAAACAACAACAACAACAACAACACAAACAUCCUCCCGACUUUGUGCCGUCUCCUCCCCGUUUUACUUCGCCGUCCUCCAUGUCGCCGACGGGGAGGAGGGUUUUUUUGAUUUGAGGGGGUGUGGCUUCGCAUCGCAUCGCGUCACACACGCUGACAUCUAUGCUUUUUGUUUACCCGCCGGAGCCAGGUGGAGGUGGGCGUGGCUUACAGUCGACGCGGCCAAUCAAAGAGAACGGGAGGACGACGGCGACAGCGUCUCCUAGCGACGGUUUCUCGCCGACGACAUGUGUUUACGCGGUGCUCUCCUUGCAUGUCGAGUGCGGCCAUCUUGUUUUAUACCUAUCUUGACAAGCCGUUGCGUUGGUAUUUUAAUUUUCCUCCUCUCCUCUUCAGACACUUUUUACGCUUUCCUUUCUGGAGUCACGAAUAACCUUUGGACUUUUUCGCUUUUUUUCUCAAAGACUUUCUACGAGCGUCUGUUUCCUGUCGCCGUCGCCAUGAGAACAACAACGACAAAGAAUAACAACAAAAAAACAAACAGCGAACUGAAACAUCGCAGCCGUAUCGUCUACCGAACUGGAGAAUAUCUUAAAUGUUGCAAAAAAAAAAAAAAAUUAUAUUGAGGAAUGUACUUGUGUGGACUUGUAUUAACCUGUGAAUAAUGAUAUUAAUGAUAAAUCAUAUGGUUUUACAAAGGUUCUACUGUUGUGGUACUAAAGUGGUUCUUAGUAGGCAGUCCAAGGCUUAAAAAAAAAAAAAAAAAAAAAAAGUUUCUGAUGAGUCAUUUCAUUUGGAAUUGAGUCCAAAAAAAAAAAAAAAAAAAAUCUAAAAUAACAUCAGACCAGCAGGUGUGAAGAUUUCACUUGUGUUCAUCGGCUGCUUCACUUUUUCAAAAACUUUACCAGUAUCAUAAGACAAAGUCACGUCACCGCGAGGUCUCAAGUAUCAAGGUCUAAACGUUCAUUUACGUUGGAAAUAAGUGACAUCAUCUCACUCUGUUGUACAAUCUAUUUGCUCCUCACCCGUUUUCAGAUGAAAUGACUCAGCGAGGUGGAUAUUUUUGGCUUUAGUUUUACGGUGAGAAGGUGUUCAGAGACGGAGGAAGCAUCAAGGACACGUUGACAAAACGAUAUAAUUACUCGAUAUGUUACUCCUACUUUGCCAUACUUGUGAUUGUACUGGAUAAUAGUAAUAAUAUACAACGAUAAUCAAACAACAAGUUGAUAGAUCUUGUGAUGCACUGAGCUAAAAUCAGCGAUUAUCUGCUCUCAGGCCUGCUUCACAGACGUAGAUUAAGCCUCUCUCUGGAGGGAACAAUCUGAUUUUAUUAUUUUAUUGUUUUUAUUGUUGUUUGUUUUUUAUUCCUCCCCUUUACACAACUGGUAAUCUGUGAAACCGUCCCGGCUUUUUUGCUGCCUCCCCCUCUGAGAAUCUCCUCGGCCACUGUGCAUAUUAUCAAGGCCGACCGAUGCUGUUCUGUGUGUCCCUGCAUGCGCUCCGUACCUCGCCUCCCCCCCGCCGCCGCCUCACGCUUCAGGGUGAAGUUGCCUCGAACUGAACGGGUUUCGACGCAGAUCGCCGUCGAGAUAGCGCUUGCCAAGAGUUGGGAUGGGCGGGGGUUUUUACCGCGUGACGACGGCUGUCUAAACCCUAAACCCUGCGCCCGUCUGGGUCUCCGGGGCUACAGCGAACACCACGGCGGCGUGCAAAUCUCAAGUCAAAGCAGAUUGAUUUUGUGUUACGUUUCACACAAACUCUGAAACUUUCAGCCAACUGGGUUCGAGCUUUAUGACGCUUCAAGCAAAGUGUUCUGACGUGUUUUUGUUUAUUUAUUUGUCUAGUUGUUUAUUUGAUCAGGACAGAGCACAUAAAUGAACAUCAGUAUAAAGUACAAGCUGAAAAAUGACGCCGUAAGUCGUUUGUACAGCAGUUUAUUGCGUUUUAAACUUAAGCGCCCUCUAGUGGUCCUGUACGUAACGACACUGUGGUGUAGAUUUAAGGGAAGAUUUAAGGGAAGUCCUCAUAAGGAGGCUGGUGAGGCGCUGGAUGGAUCAAUCAACACCAAUUUUACCCGUCCAAGCCAGAGCAGUAGACAGGAUUAGAUAAUAUAAGCAAAUGUUCACUGAUAUUAACAAGCUAAUGUUUACAUGCUAACAUUUCGUAACCCUAACCCUGAACUUUUCCUGACCUUAAACAAUACGACAAAUCUUUCCCCAACCUUAACAAUAACCUUUUCUUAACCUU